AUGUCUCGCGGUGAUGGCUGGUAUAGCUUCGCAGUGGCCGUCUUCGCUGCUCUGGGCACCUUCUUCUUCGGAUUCGACACGGGUAUCGUGAGUAGCCACGGGACACCAUUCGAAUGAAUCUUGGCAGUGGAGAUGAGGAGAAAUUCGCUUACGGCUCUCAGGCAACGACGACCAUCGCCCAUCCCAGCUGGAUCGCCUACAUGAACCAUCCCUCACAUGGCCUCACCGGAGCGGUUGUGGCGGUCUACAUCGCCGGCGAAGCCGUUGGCGCUCUGCUCCAGACUCUGGUCGGAGACAAGCUGGGUCGCAUUCGCUUUAUGCAGAUCACGUGCGUAAUCGUGACCAUCGGCGUCACCAUUCAGACUGCUGCCGUCAACAUGGGCAUGUUCCUCGCCGGACGUGUGCUUGCCGGAAUCGCAGUGGGCGGCAUGGUAGGUACGGUGCCGAUCUACCUCAGCGAGAUCUCUCCUCCUCACCGACGCGGUCUGAUCGGAGGCAUCUCGGGAUGCGGUAUCUCCUUUGGAACCAUGGUAUCCAACUGGGUCGGCUUCGCGUGUGGCUACGCCCCCUACGGCCCUGUGCAGUGGAGACUGCCCUUGGGCAUUCAGAUCCCUUGGGGCAUUCUCCUCUUCUGUGGGCUGUGCACGUUCAUGCCCGACUCCCCUCGUCAACUCAUCCGAGGAGGCAAGAUCGAGAAAGCUCGCGUCGAAUUCGUCAAGAUCCGCAGACAUCUCCAUUCUCACGUCGCACGGGAAGAAUUCGCCCUGAUGAGAGCACAGAUUGAAUAUGAGCGAGAACGGGAAGUCAAGACUUUCGGACAGAUGUUCAAGCUUUCCCGCCACCGCGUUCUCGCCUCGAUCACGGUGGAGACCAUGACGAGUCUGACCGGUGUCAAUGUAAUUCAGUAUUACCAGACCAUCCUCUACAAGAGCCUGGGCAUUUCCUCGCACAUGAUCCUCGCCCUCUCCGCCGUCUACGGAACCAUGGGUUUCCUCUCCAACGCCCUCACGACGAGAUUCCUGAUCGAUCAAUGGGGACGACGCAAGAUGAUCCUGACUGGUCUGGGUGGCGUCGUGCUGAUUGAAAUCUACGCCGCCGUCAUGCAGCGGGAAUUCCAGAACACGAACAACAGCGUCGGCAAGGGAUUCGCCAUCCUGGGCAUCUAUCUGUUCGUGGUCGUCUUCUACGGCAUGCUAAACAGUACGACCUGGCUGUACGGCGCCGAGAUCCUGCCGAUGGCGUGGAGGAGUAAAGUCAUGGGCUUAGCGGCUGCUGGGCAUUUCAUCGUCAAUGUCGGUGGUAAGUAUUCCUUCCCGUCUGGAUUGGGAAGAGAUGUCGAGCUGAGAGGAUUCUGUGCAGUCACCGAAGCGGGACCCAGUGCUUUCGCCACGAUUCAUGAGAAUUACUACUAUGUCUUUGUCGGCUGUACUCUCUUCUUCUUCAUCAUCGCUUACUUCUACUUCCCGUGAGACCUCCCCCCAAUAUUUUUUCCCCUCGUGUCUCGAAACCUAGCUGACGCCUCUCUCUCUCUCUCUCAGCGAGACAAGACACAAGACCCUCGAGGAAAUCGCCUCGGCGUUUGGCGAUCAGGUCGUCACGCUCUCGGAGCGAGAUCUGGACAAGGAGGAGAACAACCGAGUUUUCCAGGCAAAAGUAUCGACUGAGGAGCGGGUGGAAAGGGCUCCUGAGGAGACGGAUUAG